AAAUGGGAGUAUAAAGAGCCCCGGAGGAACAGCCUGAUGUCGAUCUACAGCAACGGUGAUGCUAGUCGAAGAGCCGUGUGUGGAGCAGGCAGGCGCAUGGUGAAACUGGCGGUUUACGCAUCUCGGUUGUUUGUUUGCUUCAUAUGUUGUGGUGCCGCAACAUGACAAAUUGCUCCGGGAGAUAGAUAGAUCCCACGGAACGGACCGGAUCCGCUGCAGUGGUGGUGGUGGAGCGGUGGUCCCUAGCUUGUCCUUCGAACUGGAUAGAGUUCGUGAGAGAAGAAGGGCCACCGAGCAUGAGGCGUUGUACCAGCAGGCGCAUUGUCAGUAGGCAAUUUGCUUGCUCGCCAUAGCCUUGGGCAGACUUCCUCAGCAGGCUACCCUGUAUAUAUAUCAAACCCCACCCUUUCGCAUCCUUUCACGUCUAGUGUUUGGCGCCCGCUGUCUCAUCCACAAUUUCGCAGUAGCUGUCCAUAUAUCCCUGGUGAGUGGGAGCCCUUCGUUGUAGUCAGCACUGCAUCUGUUCUAGCUCGGAAAUCGGACCCCAGAAUGUUCAUUUCGUUUCGAUUGUUGCUGACAUGAGGAUUGGAUCCUGGCCGAGGCUUUUGUGGACGUUGGACUGGAUUCUGAAGGGUGGCGGAAGUUUUUUUAAAUUUCAUCAUCUGCAGUAUUAUCGUCCUGCACUACCUUGCAAUGUCUCCAUUUCAAAGUUAGCAAGAAACUCUGUUUCGAUUACCCGGCGUCCUGGGAUCAUCAACUUUCCAAAGAAGCUAAAUCAUCGAGGGUUGAGAGAAUCUAAAAUUCACAUCCAUUCGGAGCUAUUUGUGCUUGUCGACAAUUCAAUGUUACAAUCGGCAACUAUGUCUGCCUGUGUGAGCGAAGCCAAUUCGACCGUUAGUUCUGGGCUACAUGUCGCCCUCCUCCGCGAUUCCAAACAGCUACCAGAAAUGUUCAUUGAAUCAGACCAUAACCACCGGCCAAGCCCAGACUCCAGAUGCCUGGAGAACCCAAACUUUGACAUCCCUGUUGUAGACAUAUCCUACCUAACUACUGGCGACGCUAACCAGAGGGCUAAGGCUGUCGCAGCCGCAGCGAAAGCCUGCCAAACCUGGGGCUUUUUCCAGGUUCAGAACCACGGCAUCGAUCAGAUGCUCACAAAGCGGUGCGAGGUGGAAGCUCAUCGUCUGUUCCAGCUCCCUCUCCAUGUCAAGGAGCGAUGUCACCGCGCACCAGGCACGUCCUUUGGAUACGGCGCCAACACAUGGAUUAACCAGAAAGUGAUGCACUGGGCUGAGAGCUUCCAUAUGCAGCUCAAUCCCACGUCCAACAUCCUUGAGAUGGCAACCAAGCUUUUCCCAGACGAAUCUUCCAGCCACCUAUUCAGCUCGACUGUUGAAGAAUAUAUGAAGAGUGUGGAGAAUCUGGCAACUCAGGUGCUGGAGCUUCUCACGGAAGGGCUGGGAUUAGAGCGCAACUGUUUCAGUCAGUAUCUGCAAAGAGAAAGAAUGACAUCCAUGCGUUUUAACUUCUAUCCUCCUUGCCCGGAGCCGUCUCUAGCGAUUGGCCUACGAGCUCACACAGAUCCUCAUCUCUUGACAAUUUUGCACCAGGACUCCGUUCCUGGUCUCCAAGUUCAAAUGGGAGACAAAUGGGUCACUGUUAAACCGCGCUUAGAUUGCUUCGUGGUCAAUAUCGGUGACCUAUUCCAGAUUCUGAGCAACACGAGGUACAAGAGCGUGCUGCACCGAGCCUUCGUGAACAGCGAAUCACAGCGCUUGUCACUGGCAUGCUUUCUCAACCCACCUCUGCAUGCUACCGUAGUGGCACCCCCCGAGCUCAUCACUCCUGAAUGCCCCCAAGUCUACAGGCCCUUCACAUGGCUGGAGUAUCUCAAGAACGCUUACUUGUACCACCCGACAGCUGGAAACGAGCGACACGAGCGAUUUUAUCUCAAGUCGAUGGUCGAUGUUCCCGCCGUGGCUCCCUCCUCAGUUCAUUGAGGGGAUGAAAAUUGUGAGAGAAUAUUGUAAUCACUGUACAAGGUGGUUUUAUCAGUUUCAUGAAAGCAGAGUUCUAUUUGAAGAGACUUAUGGUGCUCUCUCAAUGAUAUAAAGGUAGAGCCUGAUUAAGCUUGCCUGGAAACUUAAACCUCCAUGUGAUCGGGAAGGUGAUUCAACCUGAAAGCAGUACAGAAACCAUAUAUAUUAGCAGCAUUUACAGUUGUGUGCAAAGAGGUCGAAAAGAGAGGCACUCAUAGCUUUGGCUGCCUCACUGGUAAAAUGUCGCAUGUGCAAUUCACACAUAUAAAUUUAAAGAUUUUAGGUCCAUAUCCAUUACCACGUA